AUGGUGGAUAGAAUCGACAUGGCUUUGGACGACAUUAUUAAAGCAAGCAAAAAAGGAAGAUCAGGAGGCGGAGGGGCUGGAAGAAAGUUCGAUGUAAAAAAAUCUGGUCGCGGUGGUGGUGGUGGUUUUCGUAACGGCCGCUCAGGUGGUGUGUUGCGAGGCCGAAAUCGCGGCGUUGUAUCAAAGCCUACUAAUUACACAAGGGGUGAUGUAAACAGCACAUGGAAACAUGACAUGUUCAAUGACUUCAAUGAUAGGAAGAUACAAAGGACUGCUCCUAUCACAACGGGGCCAACUAAACUCCUUGUAUCAAAUUUGGAUUUUGGAGUUUCAGACUCUGAUAUUCAAGAACUAUUCUCAGAGUUUGGCAUUUUAAAAAGUGCAGCUGUACAUUAUGACCGAUCUGGAAGAUCAUUAGGAACUGCAGAUGUAGUAUUUGAAAGGAGAGCAGAUGCUUUGAAAGCCAUGAAACAGUAUAAUGGAGUACCACUAGAUGGGCGUGCAAUGAAUAUACAACUAGCAACAUCAGAAAUUAGUACAUUUAGAAAUGAAGAAAGAAGUAGACCUGUAGGUGGAGGACCUGUCCGUAGAAAUUCAAAUAGAGGUGGUGGAAACAGACCUCAAGGUGGUAGUGGUCGUGGAGGCGGUGGUGCAAGACGAGGUGGUCGUGGCAAUGGAGCGACACGUGGCAAACGACCUGUCCCUACAGCUGAACAAUUAGAUGCAGAACUUGAUGCUUAUGUUAAAGAAAUAAAG